AAAAAAAAAAUCUGCGGUAGAGAAACAGGUGCAAUUUAGCUGCUUUACGCGUCGCGUAUCGGGAUUACAGGAAUAGAGCCGCGACUCAAGGGCAGGAAUGGCAGCACGCGGCGUUUGCAGCAGCAUUUUGUUGGCCAGUUUACUGGUAUUGGGGCUUGCAGUUACUUCGUUGUCUGCACAAGCGGCAACAUGUGGGAUGCCACCGAAUUCUAAUAAUGCAGUUCCAAGUGAUGAGUUUGCAACAAUAGAUACAUUUAAUGACGGAGCUAAUGUAACGUACAAAUGCAUCCCAGGAUACUCUCAAAAAGGUGGAUCUCGCACCAUUACUUGCAGGAGUGGAAUGUGGACAACAUUGACCCUGAUUUGUGAAAGAAAAUCGUGUGGUGGUUUACCAGAACUGUUAAAUGGCCAGUAUGAGGCUUCUAGUAAUCUCUUUGGUGACACAGCUUAUGCUUCCUGUAACGAAGGAUUUAAUCUUGUUGGCAAAAGCUAUGUAGUAUGUUUGUCCAGUGGCCAGUGGGAUACAAAUAGUGCAGUAUGUGAAGAUGUUAAGUGUCCAGAUCCCCCGGAGAUUGUUAAUGGGACUAUUGUUAAUCCACCAAUUGGAACAGUGACCUAUAGCUCGGUUAUAACAUAUAAGUGCACAGUAGGGGAUCUGAUUGGAGAAAGUUCAAUUACCUGCACUCUGCAUGGAAACUACAGUAGUGCUCCUCCACAGUGUAAAGUAAUUAACUGCGCUGAUGUGACAGUGAAGAAUGGAAAAAAGGAAAGUGGUUUUACUCCCCCUUAUAAACUGGGCUACGCCAUUACAUUUUCAUGUAAUGCUGGAUUUAUAAUGAAUGGCAGUAACACAAUUAAAUGUAGAGAAGACAAUCAAUGGUCUCCUUCACCUCCAAUGUGUUUGGCUGUGACCAUGAAGACUACUACAAUUUCACCUAAUACGGGCACCUUGACAACACAAGGACCUUCUACUGCAAGCCCAUCAAAACCUCAAACUGGCACUUCAUCUACAACCAAAGGACCCAACAAUGCAGGCACUUCCUCAACAACAUUGAAUGGCAGUGACAAGGAUGAAGGUAAUGAUGCAGCUUUGAUUGUUGGAAACCCUCUUCUUCUUCUUGGACUGGCAGCAUUUAACUUGAUUCUGAUGGUUGGACAGAGUCCUGCUUUAUAGGUGGACUUAACAUUAACCUCUGAAGUUAUAAGUCGGCACUGAUGAAGAGGAGCUGUUGUGGUAUUUAGGUGGGUCACUUUCAAGGAGCAGAGACAUUUCUCAAUCUUAGAUUCAAGCCAGUUUAGUAAUACGAGGAGAAGUUGGUUUUGUUUUAUUUUUUUCCAAAUAAACCUAUUAUAGGGAAUAGAAUUGCUUUUUUGCACAUAAUGAUUCAUGUUCAGUGUUUUGUAUCAUGAACAAUUGUACCCAGGAUUAAAUGUAAAUGCAUUUUGUUUGUAAAUUUGUUGUAUACUAUUCCUUAAUUGUUGUUAUAAAGCUGCUUUAUUUGAGGUGUUUUUUUUUUUUUUUUUUUUUAAUUUUUUUGGCAAAACCUAAAACAAGAACUUCUACCUAGCAUAAUUCCAGUUAAGUUUUUAUUCAUUAUAAUCACCAUUAUUCAAACUAUAAAAUAACAUGAUCAAAUAAUCCUACAUGUAAACAGUUUGUCUAUGAGCUUCUUAUAAAGUCUUCUUAGGGCAUUGGCUGUGUUAAUGUGAAAGUCGAAGUAUAAUAAUGUUCCCAAUCUGCAGCAAGCUGUUAGCGAGGCGUAUAAAGUAAGAGGAAAUUCCUGUGUUGCAGCUUGGCUUGCAUCUCCACGCGUCACAAACCCCGGGUAGGGCUGACCACCAUGUAGCAUUUUGUGUUUGAGUCCUUCAGACACUGAAGAUGUGAAUUUAUUUAAUUACUGUAAAUGCACUUUUGGGUUAGUAUGAUAGAAGAAUUAAUUGCUUUUUAUGGAGCUGCUUACUGCAUUUUGGGGUACUUUGUACAUCAUCAGGCCCAAGUAUUUUUUAAUAUAUUGUACAUAAUGUUUUAUAAUUUAAUAUAUUAUUGUAAAGGACUCCAAUGUUCUUUAUUUUUCUAUUACAAUAAAGACAAAAGACAAAAUGUGUUUCCCAAAGAAGAUAA